AUGAGGGACGACGACACAGACAUCCUCCACCAGUCAGACGAAAAUGAGACCAAGAAAGAUCAGGAGACAGGUGGUGAAACAGACCCGGUAGGACAUGGGGCCGAACAGGAUCAGGAGACGGGUGGUGAAGCGGACCCGGUAGGAAAAGAGGCCGAAAAAGAUCACGGGAGGGAUGUGGAACAAGACCCACACGAUAAUGAGACCGACCAAGAUCAGGAGACGGGUGGUGAAGCGGACCCGGUAGGAAAUGAGGCCGAACAAGAUCAGGAGACGGGUGGUGAAGCGGACCCCGUAGAAAAUGAGGCUGAACAAGAUCAGGGGACGGAUGGUGAAGCGGACCCGGUAGGAAAUGAGGCCGAACAAGAUCAGGGAACGGAUGGUGAAGCGGACCCGGUAGGAAAUGAGGCCGAACAAGAUCAGGGGAGGGAUGUGGAACAAGACCCACACGAUAAUGAGACCGACCAAGAUCAGGAGACGGGUGGUGAAGCGGACCCGGUAGGAAAUGAGGCCGAACAAGAUCAGGAGACGGGUGGUGAAGCGGACCCCGUAGAAAAUGAGGCUGAACAAGAUCAGGGGACGGAUGGUGAAGCGGACCCGGUAGGAAAUGAGGCCGAACAAGAUCAGGGAACGGAUGGUGAAGCGGACCCGGUAGGAAAUGAGGCCGAACAAGAUCAGGGGAGGGAUGUGGAACAAGACCCACACGAUAAUGAGACCGACCAAGAUCAGGAGACGGGUGGUGAAGCGGACCCGGUAGGAAAUGAGGCCGAACAAGAUCAGGAGACGGGUGGUGAAGCGGACCCCGUAGAAAAUGAGGCUGAACAAGAUCAGGGGACGGAUGGUGAAGCGGACCCGGUAGGAAAUGAGGCCGAACAAGAUCAGGGAACGGAUGGUGAAGCGGACCCGGUAGGAAAUGAGGCCGAACAAGAUCAGGGGAGGGAUGUGGAACAAGGUGAAUAUACAAUAGGCGUAUUCAAUUGUGCUUUAUCCUCAGUUUGA